AUGUAUUGGCCGCUGUACUUAAUAGGCGGCGCACUGGUAGCCCUCUGGUUGCUAUGGAGAUACAAGAACAGAAGGAUGAUACAGAUGGGCAAUAAGAUGCCAGGUCCACCCACGAUACCACUCUUGGGGAAUGCGCUGAUGUUCAUGUGCCAGCCAGAAGCUUUUAUCAAAGUACUAAAGGAUUUGAUGGCAGAAUACGGGAAUGUGACGAGAUUCUGGCUCGGUCCUGAUCUGAACAUCGUUGUCAGUAAUCCUGAUGACAUAAAGCUACUACUGUCAAAUACAAAUACCAGUAUCAAAGGGCCGCAAUACAAGUACAUGGCUGAUGUCCUUGGAGGGGGAAUACUGAGUGGAUCAGGCCCAACAUGGAGACGUCACAGAAAGAUAGCGAACCCCAACUACGGUAAGAGAGCCAUUGAAGGAUACAGCGAGGUGUUCAACCAAGAAGUGGAUCUCUUGCUGAAGAAGUUCAGAUCUAUGCCUAGAGAACAGUUCAAUGUCUACGACCAUGUUGUUAGGACCACAAGCUAUGCAGUUUGUCGAACACUGAUGGGUUUGACAAAAGACCAGACGAUGAAGUUACCACACAUUGAAGAACUGAUUGACACGAGUCCAUGCCUUUACGACAUAGUAUUUCGUAGGAUGACAAAAUGGUACCUGCAAAUCGAUCCCGUUUUCUGGAUGACCAGUGACCAUUACUAUCAGAAAAACUUUGUAAAAAUGAUGACGGACUUUUGUGAAGUCAUUCUGCAGCACAGGACGGAAAGUCUGAAGACUUUGGAGGACAGUAAGAGGGAUCUGAUGAACUCUGAAGAUGAUUCAAGUGUUAAUACUGAACUCAGUGUUAUCGAUAGGUUCCUACUCUCCCAGGAGCUUGAUAAAGAUGAGCUGGUACAAGAGACCUUUACUAUAUUUACUUCGAGUCAAGAGGCUACAGCAAAAAUAUCGUCUUACAUCCUCCUUAUGAUGGCUUAUCACCCAAAAUGUCAGGAGAAACUCUUUGCAGAAAUAAAGAAUAUUAUCGGUAAUGAGGAUAGAUAUGUCACGGAUGAUGAUUUAAAACGAAUGCCGUACUUAGAGAUGGUGUUCAAAGAAGUGCUGAGACUGUACCCCAUAGGCGCUAUGUUGCAGAGAACUGUCAACGAAGAUAUUGCUAUUAGUAACUACACAUUACCAGCUGGUUGUUCUUUCGUGGCGCCAAUAUUCCACUUACACAGGGACCCUCGAUUCUGGACUGAACCAGAUCGCUUCGACCCAGAGCGGUUCAACCCUGAAAAUGUGAAAACACGCAACCCUAAUGCUUACAUACCAUUCAGUUUGGGACAGAUGGACUGCUUAGGACGAUUCUUCGGGACUAAGUUAGUGAAAACACUUUGUGUGCGAGUAUUAAGAGAAUUUGAACUUUCUUCAACUGAAACUUACGAUGAUCUACGUGUGAUUAUAUCUAUUUCUGUCGCAUCAUUGAAUGGAUUUCCUAUCAUAUUGAAUCCGAGAAAGAAAUGAACCUAG